AUGGAGCACCAACAGCUUCUGAAGCUCUGCUACAUAACCUCCCUGGCCCCCCUCUCUCUUCUGAUCACAGGGCAGAGCUUGAGUCCGACCCACUCCUCCUCUAAAAGGAAGAAGAAACAACGGAGAAACCGAACCACAUUCAACAGCAGCCAACUCCAAGCUCUGGAGCGAGUCUUCGAAAGGACGCACUAUCCAGAUGCUUUCGUCCGAGAGGAGCUGGCCCGAAGGGUGAGCCUUAGUGAAGCCAGAGUCCAGGUCUGGUUUCAGAACCGAAGAGCAAAAUUUCGCCGGAACGAGAGAGCAAUGUUGGCCAACCGGUCAGUAUCGCUCCUCAAAUCCUACACUCAAGACACAGCCAUCGAACAGCCCGUUGCUCCCCGGCCCACCACGCUCAGCCCUGACUAUCUAUCGUGGUCAAGCACCUCCCCCUACAGCAACACGAUGCCUUCAUACGGUUCCAGUGCCCCCAACACCCCCACGCCGGGGGUCAACAUGGCCAACAGUAUUGCCAGCUUGCGCCUUAAAGCCAAAGAGUUCAGCCUCCACCAGAACCAGGUACCUACCGUGAACUGACGUGACCGUCCUUCCUUGGUUGUCCACAGCAUCCCUGGCGAUCUCCACCAAUCAAGACAUUGGAGAUAUUCAUGGUCCAUCAGGGCUCAAAACUCUUCCUCUGCCCCCUAAUGUCUCCUUCUCUUGAAGACCAAAGGAGACAGCUUCCACCAACUUGAGAAACUUCUUGAAGCUCCCUUGGGGAGGAGGCAGCCUCUUCAGGAUCUUGCUGGUGGACCAUGCUGGUGGACCAUGACUUCUUCAAGGAAGAGCAAAUGAUCCAGAAGAUGCGGCCAUCCAGAAAUGAAGACAUGGACCUCAGAGAGCUUUCAGGUUGAGUUGAAAGCCUAAAGAUCUAACUCUUCAAGAACACAGGCUUCAAGAACCCAAAUAUAAUCUGGUCACUGCAUGGUCUUUUCAACCCCGAUUAUCUCCUCGCUCUUCCUUGCCUGGAUAUGGUGACUUUGGGGCCACUGAGAUUUGGCAUGGAGCAGUUUUUUAUUCCAAAUUGACAUCUCUCCUGUACAUGUUAGUUUGUGCAUCUUUGCAGAAUGCACGUGUGUCUAGGAAAUUCAUGGCCCUGCUCGGCUUUCAAACGAUAACAGCGCUUGUUCUGAUUCACCAUGUGCCCCGAAUGACUUCAGGGACCGGUUUGAAAGUGGGACGGCAGCUGAUCGCCCGCAGUCCUUGGAUAAAACCAGCAAAGAGUUUGAUUGCAUGGCUGUGAGUCCUUUAGAACGGCAGUUUUUGCAACUUAAGCCAGGUUGCAAAACAAACAUUUGUGGACGCUGCUUAAAUCAGAGGGUGGAUUUGCAACAGAGAUUGAAAAAAAGAGGAAAAAAAAGACAUUGAAUUUUAGUGGUGAAAGAUGGGCAGCUGAGGAGGGAUGGGGGGCGAUGUAGAAAAAAAAUGGGGCCGGGGGCUGCAAUUAAAUCAUUCCCUUUGCAAUAUCAGCUUUGCAUUCCCAUAACCCUUGCUCUGUUUUACUUCUCUCCAGCUUGGCUCAGCUGGGAGGGUGGAGGGUGGAAGGUACAUAUUAAGGAGGAUUUUGCUGGGAUUACAUGUUGCCCCAAAUUUGGGGUGGUUGUCAUUCUGUUUCUGUCUUUGUGAGAAACACGUCACAUUCCAGUAAGCUGGUUCAUCCGUUUCCAUUCCCUGGAAUUCCCAUAAGGUAGUCCUCAAUGUAUGGCCAUCCGUUUCAAGCUGAUGACGGGGCUG